UCACCUCGUCGCUUCCUUUACAGAUGUCAAAGUGUGUAUGCUAGCAAGGACGCUAGCCUACCUGCAAAGUUUUCUUUCCUCUUUACAACAACAAAAUGAAUACAUCCAAGGUUUGAGUUUAGGAUUCGAUAGCGUCUCAAUGAUCUUACUGAGUUAUAGGCCAUAAAUAAUGUAAAUAUUAUGCAUGUCGUUAAUCUUUUUGUCUUCGACUUGCAGCCACGUCACGCUCGCAUUUCGUCAUUCGAUUUCGAGACAGUGUAUUGGGCAACAAGAUCCGGUCAACUGUUACAAAAUAAGAGCUAACAGUCAAUUAAAAAAAAACAAAAAAACAAGUGCACUCACCUAUUAUUUAUACUCGUGUAUACAAACUGUAUAUUGAAAUAUAAAUAUAAGUAAUGUUUGGCGUACACUUUUUAAAAAUGCAAACAUUUAUUCGUGGCUUUACCUCACAAGCGAGAUCAAGCCACACCUACCCACUUUGUCCUACCUGAACGCGGAAGUAAAGGAAAAACCGUAUCGGACGAAGGUGUUUAUUCAACUUCCCAGUUCCCACGCAGAUUCGAUUCUGACAAGAAAGCUUUAUGUGAAAGACCAAGUGACUUUGUAAAUGUAUAUGAUUUAUGAAGAGUUUAAAAAUUUGAAAGUUUAUGUCGGAAUAUUUCAAUAGUGGAGCGUCCACCUGGCUUCAAGUCUGCCCCUCGUCGAAAUGCUAGCUGUUACGACCAUCCCCAUGCUGCUGCCCUUCUGGAUCUGCGCAGUAGACUGCGCCGAGAACCGAACGGAGGUGGAAACAGUCUCUGGCACUGUUGUGCUGAAGGAGGGAACCAGUAUGCUGAUCGAGUGUAACGUGACUGGUGUCCGCGGUGACGUCAGAUGGUACGGCCCCGGUGGACGACUGCUGUUCGAGGAACCGAGCGGAAAGUGGAUUAUCGAGGAAACAGGGCAACUCAACAUUACCACUGUCUCCUUUGAGGACCGUGGUCGCUACAUGUGCGUUUCAGACGGUGGCAACUACAGUGUCACUGUGCGCGUGGCCUACACCUACAGCGGCCUGGGUGUCUACUACAUGGGCGUCUGCCUGGCUGCCUUUUCCGUGACAUUGAUCCUCAAUUUAGCCCUGCUGGGCAUGGUCCGCAGCCACCUGAAGAGGACGGAGUGCGCUGUCAACGAGUUCUUCCGCACAGAGGGUACUGAAAAACUCCAGCGGGCCCUAGAGAUAGCCCGCCACAUCCCCAUCAUCACAUCGGCCAAGACGCAAGAGCUGGCCAAGGUGACACAGUACAAGACCAAGGAAUUCGCGCGACACAUGGAGGAGCUGGCGCGCAGCGUCCCUUUACCCCCGCUCUUACUCAACUGUCGCACCGGUGCCGAGGGGGAGGCCAACGCCGAGCCUACGGUGAGGGGGAGAGAGGUGUCCGACAGCGGUGCGGUUGCGGGACUGAUGGCGGGGGAGGAACCAAAAAGCCAGGAAGCCCACGUGCAGGUGUGAAGAUAAAGAGGUCCUCAUCAGUCGACUUUGCUGAACUGGCCUUGGUGUCUUCACUUACAAGUUCAGUGAGCUGUGACCACGCUCAUAAUGCACAACACUCAUACCUCAAAUCAUCUUAAGAAAUGCAUCCCAGCAAGCAGAGUAGCACUCUACAUUUGUGGGCAUUUUGAUUGAUUGAUUGAUUGAUUGAUUGAUUGAUUGAUUGAUUGAUUGAUUGAUUGAUUAUCUCGAAAACAUUUAUCUCGAAAACAUACAUCCCAUAUGGCUAUACAAGAAAACAAUUUUGAAAAGGAGUAGGAAGAAGUAAAAAAAAAUUUAUAUGGCGGAAAACACUCAGGUGACUUGAAGUUCUGCUCUCAGACCCCCAAUUUGGCAAAUUUUCCAAAUUGUCCUAUAUGCAUGUGUGAUACAUCAUGGAAAGCUUAAAAACUCAAUUUUCUGGGGGAAGAAAAAUUUUGAACAGGAGGGCAUUUUAAAAAAAAAAAAAAAAAAAAUUUUUUUUUGAAACAGCAAAACCACAGGUGGAGUUUGACCUUUGGGGCAGAGGGGGGUCACAACAUGUUGGUGACCCUGAAACGCAGUGUCAGCAAUAAAAUUAAUUUACAAGAAUAUUUAUAAUAAUAAGUUGGCAAUGAGGAUUAUUUGUUUCCCAUCAUUCUUGAGAGGAAUUCUAAAUCAGGCUGCUUAGGCAUUACUUUUCACCAAGAUCGUCAACCAUUGAAUAUGGUAUGCCCGCCGGUGUCGUGCCAAUGUAGUUACCCCAGUCAAAAAUUGUAUCCCCUGGGCGGAGCCAUAUGGAACAAAACAAAGUUGCUUCAAUCAAAAUAUAUAUUUUCAAUUUUAAAAAAGUCGCUUCAAUUAAAAAAAAAAAAAAAAAAUUGCAAAAAUAAAUUUGAAAGCAAAAAAAAUUGCAUGUGAAAGCUAUUUUUCUUUGAAUUUUUGGGGGGGAUUGAACCGACUUUUUUGAUUGACGAAAUGUUGAUUUGUGUUUGGGCCACAUUUUGGCUAGGAUGUUUUUGUCUUUAUUAUUCAAUCAAAAAAUAGGUUGCUUAAAAAAAUAUAUACUUUCAAAAAGAAAAAUCACUUCAGUCAAAAAAAGAAGAAAAUUCAAUCAUAGAAAAUGUUUUUGAAUGCGAAAAAAUAUUUGAGAUUGAAAAAUUUGCAUUUGAACACUUAAUUUUUCAUUGAAAAAGUUUUAUUUGAUCGAAGCAAUCCUUUUUGUGUUCGGGCCAUAUUAUCGGUAGGACAUUUGUGUCUAAAUCAUUCAAUCCCCACAAAAGUUGCUUCAAUCAAAAAAAAAAUAUUUUCAAUCAAAGAAAAAAAUCAUUUGAAAAAUAAAAUUGCCCUCCCCUAUUUUCUAUUUUUUUUUGUGAAAAAUUAUAUGCAAAGUAAAAGACCGUCUAAGGUGCUAGUCACAUGAUCUGUUCGAAAAAUAGACCCAUUAUAAAAAUGUAUUUUGUUGUUCAUUUAAUUCAUUUUUGUUGCAGUUUUAUUGCUUUACAACUUUUAUAUAUAUAGGCAAGUCAUUUUCAUGCAAUGACAUUUUUCGUCCACCGGGGGCGGGGGGGAGGGGGGCUGGCCCCCCCUUAAAAUCCGCUUAUGAGCAAAACCCUAACUGGAGGCGAGAGCACGGAAUUAAAGACGCCACGAUUUUAACGAGGUAUUAUCGCGUACCUACCUCAUUUCGAUCCAAAAACUCCAUGUAGCAUGUAUCUCUGAGUGUCAAGACACAGCUGUGAAUGGCCACGGCCGAAUUGUUUGGGAAUUUUAAGGGUGAAAGAUGGUAAUAUAACAAGGGUCGCGAUGCAGAAAUCGCAGACAUCAAGGAGUGGUCAAGAUCUUCAUUUUCAUAUAUUUACCCUUUUAAACAUUUUUUUCCAUUUUUUCUUUGUUUGGCGAUUUGUUAAGCGAUAGUUAUUAGGUAGAUAUCCGGGACUUUUUUACAGACGCCGUUUUUUUCAUUGUGACGUAAUUUGUUUAAAAGUUUAUAAUAUGCGAGUGAAUAAUUUUUUAAAGUCAUUUUUUUAAAACUAAAUAUUAGACAUCAAUUAAUGAUUCUAAGCUAAAAAUGACAGACAUUUUGAAUAAUAAAUAUCAUUAAUUACCUUCGUUUCAUGGCUGGGUCGAAACAAAAGCGGUUGCACGACGUCUGUAAACGGGGGUUUUCAGGGUAAAACGGACAAAUUAAAAAUAGUUCGGGAGCUUAAUGAGCCAUGAAUCUGCUAUGGCAGCAUCUAGACAUAUUGUUCUAUCAAACACAACAGUUCUUUUGUCUUAAAAGACAGCAGUUUCUUUUAAAGAGGAGUGCAAGAGCAGAAACUGCUUUUUCAGUCUUGUCUGUGUUUUCCGCCAUAUAUAUAAAUAAAUAUGUAUCAUGAAUCCUAUCCCUUUGUCCACUACAUAAUAAUCAGCAUGAAUCAGACAUAACAAAUACAGUUCUCAACAUUUCAAUAUGAUUCACCAAUUCUCGCAUUUCCUAAUGCCUCAAGAACAAUGGUUGGCAUCACUCAACAUUUUCUCAACAUAAAUACAUUCGUUUCUAAAAAAAGAUCUUUAUAUUUUCUAUUAAACACAUUCAAAUUAGCCCUUUUCUUUUGGUCCUCUAGGUAAGUUUAUUCCACAAGUCCACUCCACACCACAAACUGAAGGACAAAAACUUUUUUUUGUUUUGUUGAACCGUGAAACUGCUUUUUAAAGUUUAAAUCCCCUCUCAGAUUAUACCCUCGUCUAUUUGAAAACAAAACUUGUAUAUUACCAGGUAAUGCGUUUUUCCCUGCCCUAAACAUGAUUAUGGCCUUUUUAAAUUCGACCAAAUCUAGAAAUUUUAACUCCUUGGAUUCCAAGAACAGUUUUUUUGGUAUGUUCAAGGUAUCCAGCCUUUUGCAUUAUUCUUAUUGCGUUUUUGGGAAGUACCACAAGUGACUGUAAAUUGCUGAUAUAUAUAUUGCCCCAAACCUCCACACAGUAGCUGAGGUAUGGCAUUACUAAUGAAGAGAACAAGAUAUGACGUGCUUUAUAGUUUGAAAAGGGUUUAGUUUUUUUCAGUAGUCCAACAAACAGUCUUUGCCAGUUUUAUUUUUAUCAUUUUUAUAUGUGACUUUGAGUUUUUUUUCCAUAUUUAUUGAUAAUUUGUUUAGCCUGAACCAGUGAUUCAGAUAUGUUCAUUGUGUCAUUACAUCAUGCAUUAGAUUCUUUAAUUAAUUUCCUGAGCAUAGGAUGUUGGUGUCAUUUGCAAAGAGUAUAAAUUUAAUUUUUUUAGAUGUCAUACAUAGGUCAUUGAUAAACAGUGUAAAGAGUUUUGGACAGUACUCCAACUGUAAUGUCCAAUGAUGAUGAUCUGUAAUCACCAAUCUGUACAUAAUGCCUUGUGGCUGACACUUUUUUUCUUAGAAUUUCCACAGGUCCAAUAGGAGUUUCAUAUAGUCAUAUCAAAGAUGACUAACAAAGAUCGUAAAAAAAAGUAAAAUACAUACAUAUGUAAUUAAAUAGUAUUAUGAUAAUUCAAUGGGCAUUGUGAAACGCAUGAAACAGAGUUUGCAAGACUGUCUAACCUAAACUGCAAAUAUUUCAGUUCAUUUUGCAAAGAAAUAAUAUACAGGACAUCCUCUCACAUUUGCAGUUCAUGACCUGCAAAUUCACCUAUUCACUUAAUGAUUAAUUUACGUCUGUAUUUUUUUAGAUGCCAGUGGAAAAGGAAUAAAUGGUGCUUAUUCAAUAAUUUUUUGGUUUUGGAUUUUUGCUACAGUGAUCCCUCUCUACUUCGCUCUUCAAACACCGCGCCCUCAGUCCAUCGCAGAUGUUUUUCCAAUUAAACACUUUGAAACAUUAUGAAAAAAAGAGGGUAAAAAUUAGCAUAACUUUAGCUUGAAAUAUCUACGUAAAAUGAACUGCCAGUUAUUUUGCUUUUAACCAAGAAUCUAGACUGUUUUUAUUCAUAUCUAUAGAAAUUCUAGGAUUUAGGCAUUUAUUUACAUGAACUUUCAACUUAAAAAUCUGUUUUGUGAUGGCCGCCAUGUUGUAUCCAUAAACAAUAGCGUAACUUUAGCUUGAAAUAUUUACGUAAAAUGAAUGAUGACUGCCCUUUUUUUGUUGUUGCUUUUAACCAAGAAUCUAGACUGUUUUAUGUUCAUAUCUAUAGAAAAUCCAGGAUGUACACACUUAUUUACAAGAAUUUUCAGCUUAAAAAACUUUUUGUGAUGGCCGCCAUGUUGUAUCCAUACACAAUAGCUUUACAUUCAAAUAAUAGUUAUUUUCGGCCAACUGCCCGUUUUUGGGCAAACUUUUUUUUCGUAAUUUAGACAUUUCUGCAUCCAUACAAAAAGAAAAAAAAUCGCAUUUUACGUGUUUUAUUUUAUGUAACAUUUCAAUCUAAAAAGGACGAGGGCCAGUUAGCCGGCAAGACGUGCUGAGGCAAUAGUAACAUGGGAAUUAAAACUAAAGAAGUCGUGAUUGUAUAUAGAGAAAUGCAAAUUUUCCUUUUGUUGAGUAAAAUUAGGAUGAUUCUGCAUGCUUUCCUUAAGUAUUAAGUUAUGAUGUGAAAAUUGAGUGAUUUAUUAGCUGUUCAAAACUUGCACUAAAUCAAAAAACCUAAGUCGUUCUUUUGGGCAAAAACUUAUAUGUUAAAUAUUGCUAUUGAUCCUGAAAAUAUAGGUGAUUAUCUCUGUAUUUGUUGAUUUUGUGCAUCUAGCAUAAAAUUUGAGAAUUUUAUAGCCAUUUUAAGUUUUGUUAUACUUAUAUGAUAAAAUAAUCAGGAUUUAAUUAGGGAACAACUUUGAACUUUGUGAUGUCGUUGCUCAUGGAGAAUCAUAUACGUAUGCCUAAGGGUGGUGCCUGUUUUGGUUUUAGGUCACUAGCGGCUUUGGUUUUGAAAAUACUUGAAUUUUAAGUUCUUAAAAUAGGCCCCCUGUGGAUCGGACUCCAGCCCCGUGUCCCGUCAACUAAUAGUGAAGUCUAUGAGAGGUCCCAUACAAUCACGUACGGCCUCUCACUCUCCCACCUGAUACUUUUCUUUCUCACCAGGCAGCUGCAGCUGGUUAAACAUAAGGAUGAAUGACAAGGGAGCUGCUUUGAACUUGCUAGAGAAUCUUGAGAGUGCUUCCUUUCAAUGGUGCCGACUCAUUUAACUUGUUAAACAUUGGCUGUAGUGUGCUAUGGCAACUCAUUGCGUUGGUUGUGUGCUGUUUUGAGCAGCUUUAGUUGAUAUGAGAGGACUCGCUCAAUGAAGGAUUUAAUAAAGAAAUAUUUUGGGGGGAAAUAAAGGGUUAAAAACAUGUUUUACUGUAGCCUAUAUGUAUCUCUUUCUACUGAACACACACACACACAAAAAAAAACUUUUUCUUUUAAUGCAAAUAAGCUAUAUCUCUACUUCGCGGAUUUGGCAACUGCGAAAAACGAGGAAUCACUGUAUUCGCGAUCUGGUGGUCCCUUUCUCCUGUGAUUUUCCUGUUCUUUCCACUGUAUGUAAAUGCCUAUUAGUAUUGUGUUGUGCUCUGUGUGGGCAUGUUAUCACUUGUGCUCAGAUCUAUUUAAGUUUUAAAUUGUUUCGAAAUGAUUGUGAUGUCAUUAUUCAGUUGAGAGUGGGUUUCAUAGUGUGUGAAAAUUAAGCAAGUGGAUUUAAUGCAUAAAUUGACAAAUUGGUUUGAUUAAAUAAAAAAAAGUCA